GCUGUUUCUGCGACGGAAGUGGGAAGUCAGAGGAGGCUGUACCUGCUGUACAGCUGUGCUCCGUGGCUAACAGCUAACCUCCGUUGUGAAAGUAUCGGGAUCCGCUAAUUAAAUAAGUCAUCUCGACAGCCACUCUGAGACUCUGACUUUAACAUGGGAAAAGGUGGAGGCACAUUUGAAAGGCUUCUCGAUAAAGCCACCAGUCAACUGCUUCUGGAGACUGACUGGGAAUCCAUCCUGCAGAUCUGUGAUCUCAUUCGACAGGGAGACACACAAGCUAAAUAUGCCAUUGGGGCCAUUAAAAAGAAGCUGAAUGACAAAAAUCCACACGUGGCGAUUUAUGCACUUGAGGUCUUGGAGUCAGUGGUGAAGAACUGUGGCCAGACGGUGCACGAUGAGGUGGCGAGUAAGCAAACCAUGGAGGAACUGAAGGAGCUACUUAAGAAACAGACGGAACCAAAUGUCAGAAACAAGAUCCUUUACCUGAUCCAGGCCUGGGCUCACGCCUUCCGCAAUGAACCCAAAUAUAAAGUGGUUCAAGACACCUAUCAGAUCAUGAAAGUGGAAGGUCACGUUUUCCCCGAGUUCAAGGAGAGUGACGCCAUGUUUGCUGCUGAGAGAGCCCCUGACUGGGUUGACGCUGAGGAGUGCCACCGGUGCAGAGUCCAGUUUGGCGUUAUGACAAGAAAGCACCACUGUCGAGCCUGUGGUCAGAUUUUCUGCGGCAAGUGUUCGUCUAAGUACUCCACUAUUCCAAAGUUUGGGAUCGAGAAGGAAGUGCGUGUGUGCGAGCCCUGCUUCGAGCUGCUUAACAAGAAAGCUGAAGGAAAAGCCCCUUCCUCAGGCUCUGCUGAACUGCCACCUGAGUACCUGACCAGCCCACUGUCCCAGCAGUCACAGCUUUCGCUGUUGGACUCUCCUGCUAUAUAUUUCUCCUGCUCUUCUUUCUCACCAGAUGCCCCCAAGAGAGAUGAGGCUGCCCUGCAGGAGGAGGAGGAGCUGCAGCUGGCCAUAGCUCUUUCUCAAAGUGAGGCUGAGGAGAAGGAGCGAAUGAGACAUAAGAACUCGUACUCGAUGUAUCCCAAAACCGAUCCCACCCCAGUGACUUCCUCAGCUCCCCCAGUCAGUACCCUCUACACUUCCCCUGUGAACUCCUCUGCUCCAUCAGCUGAAGAUGUAGAUCCUGAGCUGGCCCGUUACCUGAACAGAACAUAUUGGGAGAAAAAACAGGAAGAGGCUCGCAAGAGUCCCACCCCCUCAGCCCCUGCCCCUGUGACAUUGGCUGAGCCACUUCCGGCAAUCAGUCAGCCCGUGGAAAGUCACGUCCCUGUCCAGCCUGUCAACAUAGUGGAGCAGUACCAGAAUGGCGAAUCAGAGGAGAACCAUGAGCAGUUUCUGAAGGCUCUGCAGAAUGCUGUCACCACCUUCCUGAACCGCAUGAAGAGCAACCACAUGCGUGGGCGAAGCAUCACUAACGACAGCGCCGUGCUCUCACUCUUCCAGUCCAUCAACAACAUGCACCCACAGCUUUUGGACAUCCUCAACCAGCUAGAUGAGAAGCGAUUGUAUUAUGAAGGGCUGCAGGACAAGCUAGCUCAGGUUCGUGAUGCUCGGGCCGCUCUCAACGCACUCCGGGACGAACACAGAGAGAAACUGCGUCGCGCUGCAGAGGAAGCGGAAAGACAGAGGCAGAUCCAGCUGGCACAAAAACUGGAGAUCAUGAGGCAGAAGAAACAGGAGUACCUGGAGAUGCAAAGACAGUUGGCCAUUCAGCGCCUCCAGGAGCAGGAGAAAGAGAGGCAGAUGCGUUUGGAGCAGCAGAAGCACACCAUCCAGAUGAGGGCCCAGAUGCCUGCUUUCUCUCUUCCCUAUGCCCAGAUGCAGUCUUUGCCCCCCAAUGUCGCGGGAGGGGUGGUAUACCAACCCGGUGCUCCGCCCAGCUACCCAGGCACUUUCAGCCCCGCUGGUUCUGUGGAGGGUUCACCUAUGCACAACAUCUAUAUGAAUCAGCCAGGGCAGACUGCACCAGCACAGUACCAGGCUAUGCCUGGUCCUACCACAGAUCCCAAUAUGGUUAAUGCAUACAUGUACCCACCUCCAGGAACUAAUGGGCAGCCCGCUCCUCCGCCUGGUCAGGCUCCACCCACAACUAGUCCACCCUACUCCACCUAUCAGCCCACACCUACGCAGGGUUACCAGAAUGUGGCCUCUCAGGCGCAGAGUAUGCCCCCCAUGUCCCAGGCACCCCCCACUAACGGUAUGGGUUAUAUGGGUUACCAGCCAUACAAUAUGCAGAACAUGAUUUCAGCAUUGCCGGGACAGGACCCCAAUAUGCCCCCCCAACAGCAGUACAUGCCAGGCCAGCAGCCCAUGUAUCAGCAGGUUGCUCCCCCUGGUGGCCCCCCGCAGCAGCAGCAACAGCCGCAGCAGCCGCAGCAGCAGGCACCUCAAGCCGUGCCGGGCAGCGCAGAGGCACAGCUCAUCUCCUUCGACUGA